CAGAGAGUGUUUGAUUGAACAUAAAGAUAGUGUGAGACUUGUUAGAACAUUUGAUGGGGUACAGAUGCAAGCAAAAACCAAUUCUGUUUAUCUUAAGGGACCCUACCAUAGAGACCUCAUUAGUAUCACUGCCUCUCCAGGAAAAGUUCAAGUUUAUCUCGAUAUGAUUAUUGAACAUGCUGAAGAUCUUAGUUUAUACCAAUCUAAAGCUUGGAGUAAGUUUGGUGAUUUUCUUCAGUACAUCAUUGAAAUUGAAAGCUCACACAAAGUAAUUGUGGACUAUAAAAGAAAGAAACUUCCAUUUACACAAUCUAUAAAGAGUAUCCCCUUUCUGGAAAAAGUAAAGUUUUACAUUGAAGACAACAGUACUGUAAUGUAUGUAGAGAACUAUGGAUUAAAGAUUAUGCUGCACCCUGAUGGCAGUAGUAGUAUCAGCCUUAACACAUAUUGGCAAAAGACGCUGCAAGGCAUUUGUGGAAACUUUGAUGGAGAUAUGACAAAUGAGAAUGAAAUUGUGGAAGAUGAUUCUUGGUUCGAUUACAAUGCUGACAAUAUUUUGACUGAUUUAUAUGACUAUGGCUAUUGAAAAUAAAUUUAAUCACAUACAUACAUAUUUACUUGGAAGUA